UCUUCGUCCCGAGAAAGAACACCGCCAAGAGCAGGUCCCGAGGGUUGGAUCCACUGGCGUCGCCCUCGAUUCAUCCUCGAUCCCUGGCUUGUUUAUUGAUGGGUUUUGAGUCGAGAGCCGCCAUCCAACAGGGGAGCCGUGACCAUCAGCGAUAUCGCUGGCGAACAAGAUGUUCUUGGCAUGUCAACAACGUCUCCACCACCCUCAGCCGCUCCCUACUUCCGAGGAACAAUUUCCCAUCAACAAAAAAAAAAAAAAAAAGGUGCAGGAAUCCCAUGUCUCGUCGUCGUCGUCGUCGUCAUCUUCUCCGGAAUUGAUAACACAGUGUUCCUUGUAAGCAACACGUCAGUGAUCAUAUCAGCCGCAGCACCAAUAAGCAAUAAGCGAGCGCACUACAGAUGUAAAAGGGCGAAGGAGAGAGAAGAAAGAGAUGGAGUCGCAUCUUGCUUCCACUUUUCUUCCUCAACGCGUUCUCCACGCCAACUUUCUUCGCUUUCAGCGUCAAAUACCUCUCUCCCUCUUUUCAACCUCUCCCCUCAGUCGCUUCCACUAUCUCUGCGUUCCACGACUCCGAACCGAAGCAAAGCAAACACGUCCGAAGACUUCGGUCCCGUCUACUAUCCUGCGCGGAAGCGAAGAAAGGUCCCGGCUUUGGUGAUCUCGGAAAUCGUUUUAGCUACCAGCGCUUGCUGCGGCGACAAACGAUUCCAGCUUGACAGCAGGCGCAGCAUCGGGAGUAUCGAGGUCGUGCGUCGCCGGUGGUGAUGCUGCGCUCGUGCUUGAGGCCGCUGGAGCGGUGCUUGGGGAGGAGGAUCAGUGGCGCCGACGGGCUGCUGUGGGACGUGGACCUCAAGCCUCACACCUCCGGCGAGUUCUCCAUCGCCGUCGUCCAGGCCAACAGUUCCCUCGAGGACCAGGGCCAGGUGGUCAACUCCCCUUUCGCCACCUUCGUCGGCGUCUACGACGGCCACGGCGGACCCGAGGCGUCUCGCUUCGUCAGCAACCGCCUGCUCCCCUAUGUCGAAAGUUUCGCUUCGGAGGAAGGGGGCUUGUCGGUGGAGGUGAUCAAGAAGGCGUUCGACGCGACCGAGAAGGAUUUCUUGCAUCUGGUGAAGCGGUCGUGGCUGUUGCGGCCGCAGAUUGCGUCAGUGGGGUCGUGCUGCCUCGUCGGGGCGAUCGCUGGCGACGCGCUCUACGUGGCCAAUCUGGGGGACUCCAGGGCUGUACUCGGCCGCCGGGGCUUGGAUGGGAGGGGCGCGGUGGCCCAGCGGCUGUCGACCGACCACAAUGUGUCCGUGGAGGAAGUCAGGAAGGAGGUCGCUGAGCUGCAUCCUGAUGACAAGCAAAUCGUCGUCCAUACCCGUGGCGCCUGGCGGAUAAAAGGGAUCAUUCAGGUCUCAAGGUCUAUUGGUGACAUCUACCUAAAGAAACCCGAGUUCAGUAGGGAUCCAUUGUUCCAGCAGCUUGUUUCUCCUCUGCCAUUGAAGAGGCCUGUCAUCACUGCAGAGCCAUCCAUACGAGUCCAUAAGCUUAAGCCACAUGACUUAUUUUUGAUAUUUGCAUCAGACGGACUCUGGGAGCAAUUAAGUGAUGAAGCUGCCAUCGAUAUAGUAUUCAAGAACCCAAGAGCAGGAAUAGCAAAACGAUUGGUCAGAGCCGCUCUUAAUGAGGCUGCAAGGAAGAAGGAAACAAGAUAUGACGAUAUAAAACAGAUUGGAAAGGGAAUAAGGCGUCACUUUCAUGACGACAUCACUGUGAUAGUGGUCUAUCUUGAUCAGCACCGCCAAGGUGGUCAUUCCGGAUUCAAUAGUAGCAAUCAUGACUGCACUAGUGCACCCAUUGACAUAUUUUCCUUCAAUACCGAUGGAGCAGAAGACCCUCUUGGGCCAGUUGAAUCGAUGCAAAGUGCAGAUCUUCUGGUAUGAGUACAUUGUGCGUUACUGGUAAUGUUUGAACAUAUAUAUCGUGUGUUCCAUAAGCUUAUGAUCUAACAUUAGUUGCAGAAGAUGGGAUUUUAAAUAAAGGCCAUCUCUGUGUUCCAUGAGCCUAUGAUCUAACAUUAGUUGCAGAAGAUGGGUUUUCGAAUAACGGCUGACGAAGAUGAUGCACAUGGUAAAGAUGGCAAAGGCUUAGGGUUUUUGACACAAGGCUGCCGCCAGGUUGAGGUCUCAGAUGGAUUAAUGUGCACGAUGUUAUUCUUGGAACCCACCCCGAUCGCCUAGUGAGUUAGUUAAAAGGAGUAAUCUUGAUGUGGUGCCAAACGUAGAUUUUUUUGGUGUGCAUAAGUGUUUUCUUGUUCUCGUUACCAUCAUCUUCUCAAGAUAUUAUAGACAUGUUUCAUUCUUGAGUUAUUUAUUCCGAACAUGGUAGUUAUCAUCAACUGGAUGCGAAAUGCUUGUGUUGUAUGCAAUUUAAGACGCACCUCUACUGCUAUUGCAA